GUCAAAAGCUGGGGGCUUACAGCUUUCUCAGCGUGCCACUAUUAUUCAAAAUAACCCGCAGGUUGUUGAGGGUGCAGUCGACUUACAAGAUCCAGAGGAAAAUGGAGACUUACUUAAAGAACUGUCACGAUGCGCUUAAGAGUCCCUCCAGAAAUGCGUCGGGGUUGCAUGUGGUGAUGGGGAAUGAAGCUUGUGAUUUGGACUCCAUGGUCUCUGCCCUGACCUUUGCCUAUUUCCUGUCAAAGACGCUGGACGCUGGGAAGGUGGUUGUGCCCGUGCUGAACAUCCCACGGGCAGAAUUCCCACUGCGGACGGAUAACGCGUUCCUGCUGUCGGAGAGCGGACUGUCUCAGGACCUGCUCAUCUUCAGAGACGAGAUUGACCUUCAUGACCUUCACAGAUCCAAACGGCUGUCCCUCACGCUCGUGGACCACAAUGUUCUGCCCAGUGCUGACAGCGCUCUGGAAGAGACGGUGAUGGAAGUGAUUGACCAUCGUCCCCUGGAGAGGCGGGCGUCCCCCUCCUGUGCCGUUACGGUGGAGCUGGUGGGGUCGUGUGCCACGCUGGUAACGGAGCGAAUAGCUCAAAGGGCCCCUGAGCUUCUGGAUCAACAGGUGGCUCAGCUCCUACACGGUACGAUAAUUUUAGACUGUGUGAACAUGGCACCAGAGGCAGGCAAGGUCACACCUAAAGACAGCCAGUAUGCAGUCUUCCUCGAGACGCGCUUCCCAAAGCUGCCACCAAGGGGAGCCCUCUUUCAGUCUCUGCAAAAUGCCAAGUUUGACGUGUCAGGUCUCACCACCCAUCAGAUGCUGCUGAAAGACAUGAAGCCAGCAUCUGGUGGGGACCUGAAACUGGCCGUUAGUGUUAUUUAUAUGACACUGGAUGCCUUUUUACAGAGACAGAACUUACAGCAAGAGCUUUGUGACUUCUGUCAACAACACAACUACAACCUGCUGGUCGCCAUGACGAUAUCUUUCAAAGACAACAAAGAACCAUUUCGGCAACUAGCGGUGUACAGCUCCAGUUCCCUCUACAGGAAUGAGAUUUGCAGAGCCUUGGAAAAAGCCAGAAAUCCCAAUUUGAAUCUCUGUCCAUUAAGCAGCCCCUACUCUGACGUGAAGGCUUAUCACCAGGGUAACACGUUGGCCUCUCGCAAAAAGGUUUUGCCCAUCAUUAAGGAUUUCUUAAAGGACUGGGAGAGGAGAACUGCGCAGGGUGAGAAAUUCGAGGAUGUGGACGAACUGGAGGAUGACAUGGCUCAGUGUACAGCUGACGCAGAGGAUGUUGGGAUAGAGGAGGACUCCCAGGUUCCUCCUACCCCUAUGAACAGUCUGGUGGAGGGCUGCCCCCUGGACAACGGUUUACCCAAAAUCAGCGCUGAGGCGUUAGUGGAGAAAUUCAGCAAGAUAACCAACAGGGAUGACCCCGACAACGUGUCCACUGAAGGACAGUGAUUUCCUCUGCUCUGCCGAGCUCACAAUCACUGAUCUCCAACGUAUACCAAUGGCCAGGGAGUUUUGUUGCGAGGUUGAGAUGGUCGGUCUCAGUCGUUUAAGAAUCUGCAGUGCAUGUUGUAUCGUGCAAUCGUGACAAUGUAUACACCCUUCCCCGUUUGGCCAAGUAAUUCAUAACGAGGUAUGGCUGAAAGUAUGCACAUAAUAUAAGUGUUAAAAUUCCUCAAAAAAAACGAAAAGGGUUGAUGACAAGCCGGUGAAUGUGCAUACUUUAUUUGAUUUACCGCUCAUACAAAGACGUGAUUCAGAUAUUUGUGUUUUUUCUUUUUUUUCUUUCUUUUUUUUUUUACAGAUUGAAGGCACUCUUUGCAAAGGCAGUGAAUUAAAUCAAAAUGAUCAUUUUAUCAGUGAAA